GGCGCUGCUCUCAUAACGGUCCUUCAACCGCCUCUCACCAGAACCAAUGAAUGCCCUAAUAGCCCGGCUUUCCCUCACCGGGCAGGAAGCCAACGACCCCGAGGACUUUUUCGCCGCCUCCCUCGGCGUCAUCUUCCCGGACGACGUCACCAACCAGCACGGCGACGCCGACCACGGCCUGCUCUACACGUCGCCGCACCUCCCGCGCGGUAUCCCGCUGGCCCUGGCCGAGGUCAAAUCAGAGGACGACCGCCGCCUGUUCAGCCACUACCUGUGGAACGCUUCGCUCCUCUUGGCAGAGCUGAUCGAGGCGGGCACGCUGGGGUUGACGACGACGCCGACGACGCCGCGUGACAAAGGGAUAGCGCCGCCUGUCGGGGAGUUUGAUGUCUCUGGUCUGAAGACGAUCGAGUUGGGCGCCGGCACGGCGCUGCCGUCCAUCAUGGCCGGUUUGCUCGGUACGAAGCGUGUGGUGGUGACGGAUUAUCCCAGUCUACCGGUACUGCAGACCCUAAAAGCGAAUGUCAUGUCGGCUGUACAGCCCAAAUUCGCUCCCGCGGAGAGGUUUGCGGUGGAGGAGGUGGUGGUAGAAGGGCAUGGUUGGGGCGAGCUCGACACGCCUCUGGCGCAGGGGAAUAGGCAUGCAUUCGACCGGGUUAUUGCUGCGGACUGCUUGUGGAUGCCGUGGCAGCAUGGGAAUCUUCGGCGGUCUAUCGCUUGGUUUCUCGGGAAAGGGGAGAAAGCGCGGGCCUGGGUCGUUGGCGGGUUCCAUACUGGGCGGGACAAGGUGGCUGCUUUCUUCGAGAAGGAAGCGCUCGCGGAGGUCGGACUCGAGGUAGAGCAUCUGUGGGAGCGUGACUGUGACGGACAGGAUCGAGAUUGGGUGGGGGAUCGGGGCAUCGAGGACGUGAGCGAGCGGAAACGGUGGCUGGGUGUCGGGGUGCUUAAGAGGAUACGGAAAUCUGUGGAGGGCGAGGAGAGGCUGUGAUGGAGUCUUUAUACCCAGAAGCUGAUUGUUCAGCUCGAACCAAUUCGGCAAAGCGUCUUUGACUUAGAGCAUCAGCUGAAGUUAGCGAGUUGAGCAGGCCUGGCUCUGGUUUCCACGCCCCUUUCAACCACCGUAUCCGUUAUCUGCGUGGUAGGGAGUAACCAACCCGAAAAUCCAUUGCCAUACUGACCUGCCAGGUGCCCUCAACAUCCUCUAACCGUCACUCCGAAACUGAGGUUCGUCCUCUGCUUUCCUCUCGAACAUCACGGC